AUGGCACCAAAGGCUGAAAAGAAACCUGCUUCCAAAGCUCCAGCUGAGAAGAAACCAGCUGCUAAGAAGACCUCUUCUUCCUCUGAGGGUCCAAAGAAGAGAACCAAAGCUAGAAAAGAGACUUACGCCUCUUACAUCUACAAGGUUUUGAAGCAAACUCACCCAGAUACCGGUAUCUCCCAAAAGGCCAUGUCUAUCAUGAACUCUUUUGUCAACGAUAUCUUUGAGAGAAUUGCCUCUGAGGCCUCCAAGUUGGCUGCUUACAACAAGAAGUCCACCAUCUCUGCUCGUGAGAUCCAAACUGCUGUUAGAUUGAUCUUGCCAGGUGAGUUGGCUAAGCACGCCGUUUCCGAAGGUACAAGAGCUGUUACUAAGUACUCUUCUUCUACUUCCGCUUAAGUCUAGCGAAGUUGUAUUUUGAGAUUACUUUUUAUAUGUUUUAUUGGGGUUUUGUAUUUGGUUAGGUAAUUAUAUUUUGUAUAUUAGGAAAAAUCAGUUACGGUUCGUUUACGUGAUCUUGUC